GACGCGGGCGCAGCGCUUCCGGAAAGCGGCACUUGGGAGCCUUCUCCGAGCCGCCUGGGAGUCGGUGGCGGGACGGGGUGGGCGUCGGGCGCGAGGCUGCACCUCCGCCUCCUCCUCGCACCCUGCCAUGGCCCUGGCUCCCUGGCCGAACUCAGCGCGAGCUCCGUGCGUGCGGCGCCGUCCGCCGCCUCGGCUGAGGUCCGCCCCGGGCCGGCCGCCGCCUCACGCCGCGGUGUCCGCGCCAAACCUGGGCCCUGUCAGUCCCUCGCCGCCGGCUGGGAGUCGUCUCCGGGACGAAGGCCGGCGCUGCUGUGCGCUCCCCUCGCGCGGGGACUCGGCGCCGGCCCUCGUGGGCUCCGGAGAGAAGCUGGAGACCUUGCGAGGAUCGCGAAGGCGUUGAUUGGGCGCGGGCGAAGGUCUCGAACUUGUGGAAAGGACACCAAAGACACAUUGGUGCCUGCCGUUAGUAGAGGGAGGUUUUCACCUGAGGCCAGCCCCAGAUUGCUGGGACUGGCUCAUUCACAGGAGGAUGGAACUUCUUUGCAAUUCCGUCUUGACUGCGCUUUGUAGAAUUAUCAUCUCAAGAAUACUCAACAUGGAACAUGUUCUAAGGUACAGGUGGAUUCCACUGGGCCUCAGGAAGGGACUUGAGGACACCUGAUCCUCUGUCGAUGUAAAGGCAGCUGCUCGAGACUCAUGACCAGCCACCAGGAUCCAGGAUGUCAACGGUGGGGAAAAAGCGUGAGUAGGUACGAGCGACGGCCGAGAAGGCUCGGAGCGCCGCAACAUGGCUUCCCCGCCCCACCAGCAGCUGCUGCAUCACCACAGCACCGAGGUGAGCUGUGACUCCAGCGGCGACAGCAACAGCGUGCGGGUCAAGAUCAACCCCAAGCAGCUGUCCUGCAGCAGCCACCCCAAGCACUGCAAGUACAGCAUCUCCUCCAGCUGCAGCAGCUCGGGGGACUCCGCGGGCGCGCCCCGCAGGCUGGGCGGCGGGGCCCGCCUGCGCCGGCAGAAGAAGCUGCCGCAGCUGUUCGAGAGGGCCUCGAGCCGCUGGUGGGACCCCAAGUUCGACUCGGUGAACCUGGAGGAGGCCUGCCUGGAGCGCUGCUUCCCGCAGACCCAGCGCCGCUUCCGGUACGCGCUCUUCUACGUCGGCUUCGCCUGCCUGCUCUGGAGCGUCUAUUUCGCCGUCCACACGAGAUCCAAGCUGAUUGUCAUGGUGGCGCCGGCGCUCUGCUUCCUCGCGGCGUGUGUGGGCUUUUUUCUGUUUACCUUCACCAAGCUGUACGCCCGGCAUUACGCCUGGACCUCGCUGGUUCUCACCCUGCUGGUGUUCGCCCUGACCCUGGCUGCGCAGUUUCAGGUUCUGACGCCUCUGGCGGGCCGUGCUGACAGCUCCAAUCACACUCCCGCGGCCCAGCCCGCAGACACCUGCUUAUCUCAAGUGGGGAGCUUCUCCAUGUGCAUCGAAGUGCUCUUUUUGCUCUACACCGUCAUGCACUUACCUCUGUACUUGAGCUUGUUUCUGGGGGUGGCCUAUUCUGUUCUGUUUGAGACCUUCGGGUAUCACUUCCGGAACGAAGACUGCUUCCCCUGGCCUGGAGCGCCGGUCCUGCACUGGGAGCUGCUGAGCAGGGCCCUGCUCCACCUGUGCAUCCAUGCCAUCGGGAUCCACCUGUUCAUCAUGUCGCAGGUGCGGUCCCGGAGCACCUUCCUGAAGGUGGGACAGUCCAUCAUGCACGGCAAAGACCUGGAAGUAGAAAAAGCCCUCAAAGAGAGGAUGAUUCAUUCCGUGAUGCCGAGAAUCAUAGCGGACGACUUGAUGAAGCAGGGGGACGAGGAGAGUGAGAAUUCUGUCAAGAGGCACGCCACCUCGAGCCCCAAGAACAGGAAGAAGAAGUCCUCCAUCCAGAAGGCUCCCAUAGCGUUCCGCCCUUUUAAGAUGCAGCAGAUUGAGGAAGUCAGCAUUUUGUUUGCAGACAUCGUGGGCUUCACCAAGAUGAGCGCCAACAAGUCCGCUCACGCCCUGGUGGGCCUCCUGAAUGAUCUGUUUGGCCGCUUCGACCGGCUGUGCGAGGAGACCAAGUGUGAGAAGAUCAGCACCCUGGGAGACUGUUACUACUGCGUGGCGGGCUGUCCCGAGCCCCGGGCAGACCAUGCCUACUGCUGUAUAGAGAUGGGCUUGGGCAUGAUCAAAGCCAUCGAGCAGUUCUGCCAGGAGAAGAAAGAAAUGGUAAACAUGCGCGUCGGGGUCCACACGGGGACCGUCCUGUGUGGCAUCCUGGGCAUGAGGAGGUUUAAGUUCGACGUGUGGUCCAAUGAUGUGAAUUUGGCCAAUCUCAUGGAGCAGCUGGGAGUGGCCGGCAAAGUCCACAUUUCCGAAGCCACCGCAAAAUACCUAGACGACCGGUACGAAAUGGAAGACGGGAAAGUGUUUGAGCGCCUGGGCCAGAGCGUGGUGGCUGACCAGUUGAAAGGUUUGAAGACAUACCUGAUAUCGGGUCAGAGAGCCAAGGAGUCUCAGUGCAGCUGUGCAGAGGCCUUGCUUUCUGGCUUUGAGGUCAUUGACGGCUCACGGGUGUCCUCAGGCCCUAGGGGACAGGGGACAGCAUCAUCAGGGAGUGUCAGUGACUUGGCGCAGACUGUCAAAACCUUUGAUAACCUUAAGACCUGCCCUUCAUGUGGAAUCACCUUUGCUCCCAAAGCUGAAGCCGGCGCAGAAGGCGGCACUGUCCAGAAUGGCUGCCAAGAUGAGCCUCAGGGCGGCACCAAGGUAACAAGCUCAUGGCUGUUGUUCCUGUCACUUCCUCUCCUGGCGCAUCCACCCAAGGCUUCUGGAGGACCCAGCUCCAAAGCUCAGAAUGGACUCCUGAGCCCUCCCCAGCAGGAGAAGCUGACCAACAGUCAGACCUCCUUGUGUGAGAUCCUGCAGGAGAAAGGAAGGUGGGCGGGGGUGAGCUUGGACCAGUCGGCUCUGCUUCCGCUGAGAUUCAAGAACAUCCGCGAGAAGACCGAUGCCCAUUUUGUGGACGUUAUCAAAGAAGACAGCCUGAUGAAGGAUUAUUUUUUUAAGCCACCCAUCAAUCAGUUCAGCCUGAACUUCCUGGACCCGGAGCUGGAGCGAUCCUACAGAACCAGCUAUCAGGAGGAGGUCAUAAAGAACUCCCCCGUGAAGACCUUCGCCAGCGCCACCUUCAGCUCGCUCCUGGACGUGUUCUUGUCCACGACGGUGUUCCUGGUUCUCUCCGCCACCUGCUUCCUGAAGUAUGGGGCCGCGGCCACGCCUCCUCCACCGGCCGCCCUGGCGGUCUUUGGGGCAGCCCUGCUGCUGGAGGUGCUGUCCCUCGUGGUGUCCAUCAGGAUGGUGUUCUUCCUGGAGGACGUCAUGGCCUGCACGAAGCGUCUGCUGGAAUGGAUCGCAGGCUGGCUGCCGCGCCACUGCGUGGGAGCCGUGCUGGUGUCCCUGCCUGCCCUCGCUGUCUACUCCCAUGUCACCUCGGAAUUUGAGACAAACAUACAUUUCCCGGUGGUCACGGGCUCGGCGGUGCUGGUCGCCGUGGUGCACUACUGUAAUUUCUGCCAGCUCAGCUCCUGGAUGAGGUCCUCCCUGGCCACCAUCGUGGGGGCUGGGCCACUGCUUCUGCUCUACAUCUCACUGUGCCCGGACAGUCCCAUAGUAGUGUCACCCCUGGACGCAGUACAGAAUUUCAGCUCCGGGAGGAGUCCGUGCAAUAGCUCGCUGCUGCAGGACAGCAAGAGACCAGCCAGCCUCGUGGGCGAGGAGCUGAUCCUCGUCUUCUUCCUCCUGCUCCUGCUGGUCUGGUUCCUGAACCGAGAGUUCGAAGUCAGCUACCGCCUUCACUACCACGGGGACGUGGAAGCGGAUCUGCACCGCACCAAGAUCCAGAGCAUGCGGGACCAGGCCGACUGGCUGCUGAGGAACAUCAUCCCCUACCACGUGGCGGAGCAGCUGAAGGUAUCCCAGACCUACUCCAAGAACCACGACAGCGGAGGGGUCAUCUUUGCCAGCAUCGUCAACUUCAGCGAGUUCUACGAGGAGAACUACGAGGGCGGCAAGGAGUGCUACCGGGUCCUCAACGAGCUCAUCGGGGACUUCGACGAGCUGCUGAGCAAGCCAGACUACAGCAGCAUCGAGAAGAUCAAGACCAUCGGGGCCACGUACAUGGCGGCUUCGGGGCUGAACACCACGCAGUGCCAGGACAGCAGCCACCCCCAGGAGCACCUGCAGAUCCUGUUCGAGUUCGCCAAGGAGAUGAUGCGUGUGGUGGACGACUUCAACAACAACAUGCUAUGGUUCAACUUCAAGCUCAGAGUCGGCUUUAACCACGGGCCCCUCACGGCGGGGGUCAUCGGCACCACUAAGCUGCUGUAUGACAUCUGGGGGGACACCGUCAACAUCGCCAGCAGGAUGGACACCACAGGCGUCGAGUGCCGCAUCCAGGUGAGCGAAGAGAGCUACCGUGUCCUGAGCAAGAUGGGCUAUGACUUCGACUACAGAGGGACGGUGAACGUCAAGGGGAAGGGCCAGAUGAAGACCUACCUUUACCCCAAGUGCACGGACAACGGGGUCGUGCCGCAACACCAGCUGUCCAUCUCCCCGGACAUCCGCGUCCAGGUGGAUGGCAGCAUCGGACGGUCUCCCACGGACGAGAUCGCCACCCUGGUGCCUUCUGUCCAGUAUUCGGACAAGACGUCCCUGGGCUGCGAGAACGCGCAGGCCAGGGACGCGCACCCAUCUUCCAAGAGGCCCUGGAAAGAGCCCAUCAAAGCCGAAGAAAGGUGUCGGUUUGGCAAAGCCAUAGAGAAAGAUGACUGUGAAGACGUGGGGCUGGAGGAAGCCAACGAACUCACCAAGCUUGACGUUUCCAAGAGCGUGUGAGGCGGCACGGAAGCUGCCUGCGGUGCUCCGUUCGUCGAAACACAAUAAUAUUUGUAUCUGGCUGCGGUGCUGCCCAGGCCCCACGGUUCCUGUCCCUGGAUGUGGUGUCACGUGGUCAUUUCAGCCCCUGCCCCACUUCUGUGUGGAUCACAGUUAUUCAGGGUUCAUUUCCAUCCGUGUCUCCUCUCCUUUGCUCCCUUCCCUGGAAAUCUGCCCUCCUUGGGGUCAUCCAUUCAGCCGUGUGGAGGAGAACAAGUGCCUUCAGGUCGGCCUUGGCCGCGAGGCUAGGACCGAGGCUGCUGGUGGACAUCAUGGCUUUGGCUGUCACUUGACGUUUAAAACAGAAGUUGUGGUUGAGAUGUCAUCUUUAUUGCUUUUUCUCACGAGACACUUUUUUUUUCCUUUUGGCUCAUACAACGUGUUUGAGUUUAUUUUUUCCAGUGUACAUAAUAGCAUUUCCCAGUUACCUGGCCUUUCUCUGUAAGCACACGCACACACGCACACUUGCAUUUAUGAAUCUGAUCUAAAGUGCCAGUAAUUCACCGAGAGGGGCCGAGAACGGGGGUGGGGACGUGGCUGAGAGAAGCCCAGCCAGCCCCUCCUCUCCUGUACUUUCCCAGGCACCAGGGGCCACGUUGUGGGCUGCGGGUGGACCUUGUUCCCGAUCCCGAGUGGUUUUGGGGUUCACCCAUGCACAGGCCGAGAUCUCAGACGCUAACCAGGCACUGAGCUUGUGAACCCAGGCCUCAGGUAUCUCAGCCUGACUCCCGCCGAGGGAGGGUCUUCCAGUUGGGAGUGAAGGUGUUUUUCUUGGAAGCUGACGCCCAAGGGUUGCACUUAUUUAUUUAUUUAUUUAUCAGGAGAUGUAGUGUCUCGGGGAGGGGGUGCUGUGUCUUUCUGUGGAAGGAAAUAGGCCUAGGAAAGAGGGCAGUCCACCGAGGGUGCGGCAGGCUGCCCACCCGGUGUCCGUCAGCCACCUGGGCCCAGCGCAGGUCUGGGAGGGCAGUGCUGGCGCCAUCUUGGCUUCCACAAACUCGAGAACUUUCUCCCUUCUCUCCCAUCCUCGGGCUAGGCAGGGCCUGUUGUUGGUGGUGCGAUUUUACCUUGCGAGUUCAUGGCAGCCCCUUGAGAGAAGGGAUAGAGUCAUCUGUGUGCAAAUGAGGUGUCCAGCCAGGGGAAGGCUUUGGAGAAAGCCUGAGGAAAAUCCCUUCCACCUGUGUGGCUGCUGGUCCUGUUGGGCACUCUGCUUCGUGGCGUCCGGUCAGAGCCUGUGUUGAGUCGGACUGCGCCGCGUCGUGGCCGUAGCAGGUGCUGCAGGUGCACAGCUCAUGAGAUGAGUGGGGCUGGCUCCCUGCCUGCUGAAGGCCGGCCCAGGCACGCCCUGUGCACGCUCUUCUCCCUGGUAGAUCUCCCCCAGUUACUUCCACAUCUGCCUUGUUCUCUCACCACUCCUCCUCCCCAAAGACGGGCAGAGUCUGCCGCUUCAGGCCCCGAUGAAACCCCGGUUCCCGCCAGCUGGCCAUCUAGGGCCAUGCCAGGGCACCCGGAGCGAUGGAGAACAUUCUCAGUUGAUUGUUAAGAUUUUCCGUCAGGGUUGACUGUCAGCCUGUUGGUCUUCCAAUACCGAAGAAGAUGGUUGUGACAAUACCUCUCGCUUCUGAAGAAUGUAUUCUUAUAAAAUACUGCAGACAUUUUUUUUCUUAAGAAAACACUACCUGAUGCUUUCCUUGUAUGCAGGGAUUGUGGGCACAUUGGGGUUUUCCUCCAUCAGUAUUAAGGUGAGUGUCAUCCUUCUUUGCCUUCCAUCCACCUCCAGGCUGUGUGGCUCUGAAGGGCUGGGCGGUGGCCAGUGUCUUUGCUGUGUCGCUCCAGGUGUGCUCUCCCAGGUUCACCUCCACACACACCUCUUCCCUAUCACGUUCUUCUCCUUCUCUACCACAAAGGUGUUGGCGAUUCCUCACCCCGAGACCCCAAGGAGCUGCCAACUCCAGGGAGAGAAAAGGUAAUUUCCGGGGGGACCUCUGACACAGGGCACCUCACCCAGCAUGUUAUGUGGUCUUUUCAAAGCACCCCGAGCCACCCUCAGUAACCAGGACAGAUGUUCUCCCAGGCCAGGAGGCCCCUCGGGUCCUUCCCAGCUCCCUGCUCCAGAGCAUACCUCAACACAGAGCCGCAGGGUCUCCACAGCGGACACACUGUGCGUCAGCCUGUUGUCACAGAACCACGAGUUGCUGGAGACAGACAGGUUCCCAGGCGGUGGGCUCACGUGCCCAGGGUGGCCGAGCCUCUUAGCAGCGCAGGGCAGGAAGCAAUACCCCCGAGUGAAGACGUGUAAAUAACCGCUUCCGUCGCAGUCGCUCUUCUCUGCCCCAGCUCAGAUCAGAACGUUGACACACAUGUAUGCACACGUGCACACACGGACACACACGGUCAACAAGCACAUGCCAUUGUAUCUACUGCACACACACGUAGAGCAGCCGUUACGAGCCCUCAGCAAGCUGGAAGAGGCCCACAUCUGUGCCACGCCCGCGCACGACUCCUGCGACACUGACUCAUGCCGAGACCGCACCUGCACAUUUGCACAUGACCUGGAGAGCCAGAGGCGGCGUGCGACCCGCUGCCGGGGCUGUGAUCAUUUGUAGUUCCCAAAGAUAUGUCUGCAUUUGAAUUUCCAGAUUCCCGAGGCGAGCAUUUUCUUGAUUGGUUGUUUGGAAAAUCAUAUCAUGCCUAGAAUCUGAAAAUUGAAUUAGCAAGAACCAACUGUUUGCAUUUCCUGUAUUUCCUUUGCUCUGCUCUUUGUAAAUUGUUAAUUCUGAUAAUUUGAAAAUGCAUCCACUGAAGAAAUGGACAUUAAAAUAUUCUAAAAUCUGAA